AUGGGUAUUUCUCGUGAUUCUCGUCACAAAAGAUCAGCCACUGGUGCUAAGCGUGCUCAAUUCAGAAAGAAGAGAAAGUUUGAAUUAGGCCGUCAACCAGCUAACACCAAGAUUGGUGGUAAGAGAAUCCACACCGUUAGAACCAGAGGUGGUAACAAGAAGUUCAGAGCUUUAAGAAUUGAAACUGGUAACUUUUCUUGGGCUUCUGAAGGUGUUGCCAAGAAGACAAGAAUUGCUGGUGUCGUCUACCAUCCAUCUAACAAUGAAUUGGUCAGAACUAACACUUUAACCAAGGCUGCUAUUGUCCAAAUUGAUGCCACUCCAUUCAAGCAAUGGUACGAAUCUCACUACGGUCAAACUUUAGGUAAGAAGAACACCAAGGAUGCUGCUGAAAUCGUCAAGACUAAGAAUUCUGAAAAGAAAUGGGCUGCUAGAGCUGCUUCUGCUAAGAUCGAAUCUGGUGUCGAAUCUCAAUUCGGUGCUGGUAGAUUAUACGCUGCCAUCUCUUCCAGACCAGGUCAAUCCGGUAGAUGUGAUGGUUACAUCUUGGAAGGUGAAGAAUUAGCCUUCUACUUGAGAAGAUUGACCGCUAAGAAAUAA